AUGUUAACCGCCAUAUUUUGGAUCCUGCUUUCCUUGUCUUGCAUUUCACUCAUCAUCUCUCACUAUCUAGCACCAUUAAGUAUGUCAUCUCCAGACAAGAAGCCAUCGUUGAAGAUGGGGCCUUGGGUCAAGCCAGAGCCAGGCUCCGGAUCUACAUCCAAGUCACGGUGUCACACCACUGCCCCCCCCACCAUGCAAUCCCUGCUGCCCUUCGCUCCCGCCCGUAAACAAUUCGGAAGGAACACUAAGUCCGUCCCUCCCCCAUCGGCGUCUUCUCAUAAAAACCUCGGUGCUGUCGCGGCCCGCAGCAGCAAGCCAGCCUCUUCCGGCACAACAACGCAGCUGGCGGUGUCGAAGCGCAAAUUCGGCCAGGCGAUAACAACGCCGAAGACUUCGCCUCCUCAGGCGAUCUCAUGGGACGACGCGCUAGACGAGGUGGAGGUCAAGGCGGAGCUUCUGGAUCUGGGUGAUGGGAGGAGCACCAGUGACCGGGCGCGGGGACCGGUCGAAACGGAGCACGCGGGAGAGAAGGACUGGACGGUGAGGAAGGAAUACCUGGACGGCAAGGCGGAGAAGAGGAAGAGAGACGAAGAUGAAGAGAGACAGGCGCAGAAGGCCGAGGCGGAUGAAACGGAGCGUCGAGCGGAGCAGAAGAGGCGGGCGGAGAAGAAGGAGCGGGCGGAGAAGCAGAAGGUGGAGAAGGCGCAGAGGGAGAAGAAGGAAGCUGAGCAAAAACCUUGUCAGGUCCCUUCAGUCCGUCCUGCCCAGCUGCCGCCGCCUGCUCCCCUCCGCCCAGUCAACAACCGACAAGGUCUCAUCGUCGAAGUGGUCGACAAGAAGCCUGACAAGGUCGUCCUCGUCACUGGAACGACGCCCGGUCGUCCAGGCUGGAUGGCGGUCAAGAAUGAGAAUAUGGAUGAGCUGGACGAUGAUGACUUUGACUACAAAGCCUGGCGCGAGAAACAAGACGAAGGUCUGACCAGGCCGUACGGGAUCUCCGUCAAGACUCCCCCGCCUGGCGAGACAUUCCCCAAGUACGAGUAUGGGUAUGAUCCGGAGUCUAUCAUCGCGUACGCUCCUCGAUGGGAUGAGUCCGGAAAGCAGGUCGAGGCAAAGUCCAAUGUUCUGCCCGCUUUGCCCAAGGAUCAGGCGCGUAUCGUAGAGUAUAUGGGUGCCAGCAAGACCGCUCCGUCCGGUCCGCCCAAACCGCGCAAGCGCAAGCCUUCUAUCGGUUCAUUCUCGAGUUCUGGCGGGAUGGGCAUCCCCGCCGUCAAAAUGUUGUCUAGCCCCGAAUUCGGCAGCGACGAGUAUGACACAGACUGUUAUAAGCGAUUGAUAGCGGAAUGGGCAGCGGAAGACGCCGCAUGGCCAGGCAGCAACGCCGAGGUGCAAGCAGGACCUUCAAGUGCGUCGGUACCGUACAAAAACGCCGACAAGCCGCGGAAGCACAUCACCCAGCCGCCGCCUCUCGCUCGUGAGCCUUCGAUCGACGAAUACGGCAACGGCACCGAGGACGAUUCGUUUAUCCAAGAUCUAAUGGCUGUCGAAGCGGCCGACGCGGCCCGUAGGGGCGAUCCAACUGAAUGGAAGACAUGGAACUAG